GCGCAGCGCACUCCAGCCAUGGGGAAGCCGCUUCCUUCCGGGCGUCGCGCAGCCUUCCUGCUGGACUCCCAGUCGACGCCGCUCGCCAUGUCGCCGCUGGGCGGCCGCUCCCCCGGUGUGACGCUGACGUGGCGCGACGUCUCCGUGUACGCCGUCUCGCGGGGCGGCUUCUGGAGGCGCAGCCUCCAACACCGGCGCAUCGUGAACGGCGUGACUGGAGUGGUGCGACCCGGAACCCUGGUGGCGAUGCUGGGAGGCAGCGGCGCCGGCAAGACGACGCUCAUGGCGGCGUUGGCUCACCGAUCACCAGCGGGCACGCUGGUGGACGGCGACAUCCGCGUGAACGGCCAGCCGGUGGGUCCCGGCAUGCGGCGACUCAGCGGCUACAUGCACCAGCACGAGCUCUUCGUCGGCAGCCUCACCGUACGCGAGCACCUCACGCUCAUGGCGCGGCUGAAGAUGGACCGCCGGACGCACAGCAGCACCCGCGACCGGCAGCUGCAGCAGCUGCUGGCGCAGCUGGGGCUGGAGGACCGUGCUGACGCGCGCAUCGACGGCGCCCUGUCCGGCGGCGAGCGGAAAAGGCUCGCCUUCGCGGCAGAGCUGAUGACCGACCCGCUGCUGCUGUUCUGCGACGAGCCGACCACCGGGCUGGACUCGUUCUCGGCGCAGAAGCUGGUGCACAUGCUGCGCCAGCUGGCCGACCAGGGCCGCACCGUGCUGUGCACCAUCCACCAGCCGUCCAGCGAGGUGCUCGACCUCUUCCACGAGGUCAUCCUGCUCGCCGACGGGCGCGUCGCCUUCGCGGGCGAGCUCUCUGCCGCGCUGUCCUUCUUCAGCAGCCAGGGACUGGAGUGCCCGCCGCGCUACAACCCGGCCGACUUCGUGGUGUGCGCCGUGUCGGGCGGCCCCGGCCGGGACGACGCCGCUCGCCGCCUGUGCGACCAGUUCGCCGCCAGCGACGCCGCCGCCCAGCUGCUGGCCGACGUCCGCCUCGAGCAGCUGCCGCCGGGGCUCGCCCGCUCCAAGCCCUGCCUGCUGGUUGAAGACACGGAGAUACUUGGAGAGACGUCGGAAAAGUUCAAGGCGCCGUUCUUCACGACUUCGCUGCUGUGGCUGACGUGGCGCUACUUCCUUCACGCCAUCAGGGACCCCACCGUGCAGAACCUGCGCAUCCUGCAGAAGAUCGCGAUCGCGGCCAUGGCGGGCCUGUGCUACCUGGGCACGGAGGUGCGCACGCAGGUGGGCGUGCAGUCGGUCCAGGGCGCGCUCUUCAUCGUGGUGGCCGAGAACACCUUCUCGCCCAUGUACGCCGCGCUGGCCGCCAUCCCGCAGGAGCUGCCGCUGCUCAGGAGGGAGUACCGCAGCGGCCUCUACUCGCCGCCCACCUACUACGUCGCCAGGCUGCUCGCCGCCCUGCCGGGCCUGCUGGUGGAGCCGGUGCUGUUCGUGCUGACCGCCUACUGGCUGGUGGGGCUGCGCGACUCGUGGCACGCCGUCGCCAUGACGCUGCUCGUCGUCACGCUGGCGCUCAACGUCUCCACCGCCUGCGGCUGCUUCUUCGGUUCAGCUUUCGACUCGGUGUCUACAGCGAUGGCGUAUCUGGUGCCUUUCGACUACGUGCUCAUGAUCAUGUCUGGGCUCUUCGUAAACCUCAGCACGCUGCCCGUGGCGGUCGAGUGGAUGCAGUACCUGUCCUGGCUCAUGUACGCCAACGAAGCGCUCUCCGUCGUCCAAUGGGAAGGCGUCACAAACAUCACCUGCGACGGAGCGCCGGAGGGCGUGCCCUGCCUGAGGUCGGGCCGUGAGGUGCUGGACAAGUACAACUUCUCGGCGGACCGCCUCUCCAGCGACCUGGCGUGCAUGGCCGGGCUGUGGGGCGGCUUCCACCUGCUGGCCAUCGUCUGCCUCUGGGUGCGCGUCCGUUCCAACUGACCGCCGUGCUGAGGCACUGGUGGAAAAACGGACUGCCUGCGACGGUUCACACGUGCCGUUCCCGCUUCGCCUCUCGUGGUUGCCACACUGAUAGCGGUUGGGGUCUGCCAUGCGGGAGACAGCGUCUGGAACCGCCGUCAUCGACUACAGACUGUCACAUAUGUGUCAAAUUCUACGACAGGGGCAUCUCGAGCUGUGGUCCGAGUACGCAUCCAACAAAGAGAGAUCCUUCCUUUACUGUUGCCAUGCUUGCAGGCAAUGAUUGCUCUGAGCAUUAAUACCAGAGGCACCCAUCGAUAAAAGGAGUAUUAGUAAAACACGUUUGUGAAGUACCACGAAAUAUUACAAAUUUGAUCUCUCUAUUAACUGCUGUUGAUACUUUUUUAAACAUGAACUAUUUUAGCAAAAUGCAACAGAUACGGCUGAGGCGUAUACAACUCUGACAUAUCUGCUUCAUUUAGAUGAGAGAAAUGUUAGAUUUUUAUAGAGAAAAGAGACUGUUAUUUAUUGCCGCUAACAAGUAAGUUAUAUGGAGAUUUUCGUCUCAUACAGCGCCUAUUGUUUAUUGCCACUAACAAGUAAGUUAUAUGAAGAUUUUCGUCUCAUACAGCGCUAAAGAAAUUUGUGGGAAAUGAUUUAAAGAAAGUGUGAGCCGAAUGAUUCAUUAUAUUUUCGUGUGUGUAUUUUUAUGACGCUAUUAUAAUGUUGUUGUUGUUGUUGUGGUCUUCAGUCCUGAGACUGGUUUGAUGCAGCUCUCCAUGCUACUCUAUCCUGAGCAAGCUUCUUCAUCUCCCAGUACCUACUGUAACC